AUGGAUGGGGAUGUGUCAUACCUGAUGUACCUCCACUAUACAGUUAUCACCCAGACACUAACAAUCGUUGACAUACACCAUGACCACAGCAGAGGGUGUGGGGAUACAAGAAAUCAUAGCAUAGAUUGUCAUGAAAAUGAUAUCAAGAAGUUUGGUUGCAAUGCGCAGCUGCAUUAUGUAAGACAGCUCAAAGAGACUGUCAUGGACCAGGUCUCUGAAUAUGUUCCAGAAGUGAUUGGAUUUGUUCAGGGUAUCAUCAAGAAUGUGAUUUCAAAGGUGCACAUACAUUAUCUGAUCAGUGAUAUCAUGCCCAGUGAGAGCCCUAGAGAAAAGGGAACAGGGAAUUAG